UGUUUCCCAGCGAUGCACACCAACCAUAGAACUUCCCCCGAGUUUUUCUCGAAGACUUUUGAAGUUCAAGGAGCACGAGAUCAUUCUAGGCAAACAAACCAGGUACCUUGACGGCAUACCCGAAUCAUACUGUAUUUAUUUUAAGAUGUUUUCCGGAUUGACCUUGAUUUUCCUCGCCUAAUUUUCCUUCUUUUUCUUGAGAAUUUGUCACCUCCAGUUUAACCAUUCUGCUGAAGUCUAUUGUUGAUUCCUUCUUCUUCGUUCAAGUUCUCAGUGUGAAAGUUUAGGGUUUAGUCGGUUUUCGAUUAUGCCCCGUUUGGUUGAUGACAAAAGGUUGGGGUAGAACAGAUUUGGGUUUAGGAUUUUGUGGGUUUUUUUAGCAAUCUACGCUCAGUUUUGUCUGUAAAGACUCUUUAGAGGGGAAGAUUUGAUUUUCUUUAUUCUUUUGCGAAAUAAAAUUCAAAUAGAUUUUCCUUAUUGGCGCGUGAUUCGCACAACGGAGCGUUAAUGUUCUUGCAAUGGCACUCGCAUUUUUCUGGAACCUACAACAUUCAUGGCCUUUUUCAGUACUGAAAUAUGAUGACCUGAGAGUGUCGGAUAAAUUGGUUCGCAAACUUUCGGUACCUGAACACACGAAGCAAUUCAUUUUUGCAGUACAAGAGCCUGAAACGCAAUCCGUGAUUUACAUACUCGCUGCUCAGAAUUUGUCUGAGCGAUCAGCUUUAGACGCCGAAUCUUUAAUUAGGGAGGUUAGACCUGAUGCAGUUGUGGCUCAGGUUGGUCAUUUACCUCUGACAGAAAUUCAAUUAGAAGAGAGUGAAUUAAGAGAUGGGGUUCAUGACCCAGUCCCCACAUCGUCAUUUGAAGUGCUUAAGCGGUGUUUUAUUGAUAAGAGUAAUAAGGAGAAGUUUGAGAAUGUUGCUGGCAAUGUGGUUUUGCGAGAGAUUUUUGGGAUUGGUUUUCAUGGACAUUUUAUAGCAGCCAAGAGAGCGGCUGAGGAGUUUGGGUCUUCAUUCUUGGUGAUUGAAUCCCCAUUUAUGAAAUUUUGUGGUGAGGAUGAUAGCUUGGGUAAACUUGAUACAGGGAACAAGUUUCAAGGUCUGGUAAGUAGUUUGGUUCCUCAGAGAGCAGGCUCUGUUGUUUUAUUAAAUUCACAGAGAUUUUGCCUAACUAGUGAUGUUCAAAAACAGAUGGUGAAGUCAUUAUCCCCAUAUAUGGAUUUAUCAAUAUUGAGGUUUCAUCACUUGAGUUCUGUAUCAGAGGUGGGCUCAGAUGCAAUUCAACCAAUAUGCAGUUACGAGGCACCACCAUUUGCCCAGUCUAUUUAUCCUUUACUUUUGGAUCUACAUAAUAUAUUUGCUGGCCUCCCAUCAAUUGGAAGGGCUCUAGCUCAUGCUCAGAAAAUGCUUCUUGAUGUCAAUAGAGGUGCAACUGUGGACACCAGCAUCAUAUCUGAGGUCUACAACUUUCGAAUUGCAGUUGAGGGGCUGAGAAUUGCUUUAAACAAUGCUGGUCGGCUACCCAUUAACAAAAUAGGGAAUCCCAAAUCGGUAAAGAUGGAGUUUUCAGAGCUUCCAAUAGAGGAUAAGUCACAUGUGCUCUUUGCACAGACUCUUCGAAGCCAAACUAAGAAGUUCAAGACUACAGUGGCAGUAGUGGAUGCUACUAGCUUAGCAGGUCUUAGGAAACACUGGAACACUCCUGUUCCUCCGGAUGUCAAGGAUUUGGUUGAACAGCUUGUUAUGAAUUGUGAAGAUGAUGACGAGCAUUCAAAUCAUACAAACAAGAAACGGUUAUUGACUGGUAAACCUGUGGUGGCAGUUGGGGCGGGUGCAACAGCAGUUUUAGGAGCUUCAUCUCUCUCUAAAGUUGUUCCUGCAUCAACAGUCAUGAAGGUUGUAACAUUUAAAAUUCCUGCUUAUCUUAAAUUUUUUUUGAGCCAAACUCAGAAGGCAGUGGCACUGCCCCUUAGCAAGAUUCUUGCUUCAUCAAAAGCUGUAGCUCCAGGUAUUGCUAGUCAUGGAACAAAAACAUCUAUCUUGAAGGCAGCUGCUUCUGCUGAGAAGAUCCGGGUAGUAAGCCACAGUGUUAUAGCCUCCGUGGAGAAGACCAGUUUUUCAGCCAUGAGAACAGCAUUCUAUGAAAUAAUGAGAAAACGACAGGUUCGACCAAUUGGUUUCCUACCAUGGGCCACAUUUGGGUGUAGUGUUGCAACUUGCACAGGCUUGCUUGCUUUUGGAGAUGGGAUUGAAUGUGCUGUUGAAUCUCUUCCUGCAGCUCCAUCAAUUGCCAGUUUGGGACGUGGGAUUCAAAGUUUACACCAGGCAUCCAAGUUGGUGAUUCAGACAGAUGGCACCAGAAUACAGAAAUCUAUGGAAGCCCUAACAUAGUGAUUGAAGGAAGUACAGGUUCAAUAAUAGUUAGAUAAAGAAUGUGAUACCUCUUUCUUUGUGUGCUAGUUGAUUCCUUUUAAUGAAGAGAUUCAUUCCUAAGUUAUAUAGCUCGGAAAUAUUCUGUACAUAUAUAGAAUAUCAAAGGAGUUGCAUGGUGUGUUUGUUUUUGUGUGUCAAUUAUAAAUUAUCAUAGCUCUUUUAACAAAGGUGAAUAGUAAGUGCUUGAGAGAAAUUGUUAUU